UGAAGUGCUGCUUCUGAACUGGGUGUGCCUGGCGGCGCUAUCGUCUUCCCCGCGAUAGAGCAGUCCGUCCUGCCGAGAGUACCCUCAACCCUCGCUCGGCGACACCUCCAAUAACCAGCUUCCGGGCUCGUCACUGUGUUGGUUCCGGAAUAGAGCAUGUAUGCGUUUGCGAUCACGCAUUGCCGGUGAUUCGGCCUUCCCCUCGUCUGGCACCACUCCACAACGUCCUACGCCGCACCUCGUCCACGACACCACUCUCCACUCCCCACGCCUCGCAUGUCCACGCGCAACACGUUGUGCUUGCCUGCCUAGGAGCUUGAGCGAUCGUAUUUACGUUCACACAACAGCUCUCCACCACCGUUCCCGGUCAUAGCCGCCCCGGCGAUCGCCCAAAGUGACAGAGCAACUGCUUGCCUGUCUCGCUCGGACCCUGACGACGCUAUCGCGACACGAUGCGGAGAAGUAGCUACGCAGCUGCCCUGUCCGGCAAUACAGGCAGCAGCCCUUCAAAUACCGCGCCUAGCCGCUCUGGAGCUUUCUCGCAUCUUAUCAACAGCAGCUCAACACCUCACGCCAUAGGCCAGCACCGCCACUCGCGCUCCACCGACGCCGACGGUCACCAUAACGCCAUGUCUGCAAGUUGGGGAAGAGGCGGAGCAUUGCCCUCAUAUUCCAGUCAAACCGGACAUUGGCAAGGGCUGGGAGGGGGAGCGCAGGACAUACCACCAUUCUUCGUACCAUCGUACCUACGCGGAUCGAAGCACGCCGAGAAGCUGCAGGAGGCGCACAAGGCCAAGGUUGCGGCGCAGCGUGACCUCAGGUCGACACAAUCAUCAAACGCAGGGUCCUUGUCGACAAGCUCGAGCAGCGCCAAUCUCCACAAAAUGGCUGCUUCACAUCGCGGCUUGACACAUGAGGUUGUCGAACGAGCACCUGUCUUUGUCGACGAGCCGGUAUCGCCCUGGCCGACAAGCUGGAACGAAAACGAUAAGUUUUUGCAGCUAGACAUCGAAGAUGGAGGCAGACAGGCCAAGUUCUCUGGCUCUCAGAAGACCCAUGAUGAAGCGGCAUCGGUGCGCGCAGACUAUCCUAUGCCACGACAAUGCGGAAUAUAUUAUUUUGAAGUGACUGUUGUCUCGAAAGGGAAGGAUGGGAGAAUGAUCGGCGUUGGCUUCUGUGGGCCCAAAGUCGCCUUGAGUAGAAUUCCAGGGUGGGAGCCAGAUUCAUAUGCGUAUCACGGCGACGACGGUCAGAUCUUCCACAACACAACAUCAGGAAAGAACUAUGGACCUAAGUUUGGUACGCUUGAUGUGAUCGGAUGUGGCAUUAAUUUUCGCACGAACGUAGCAUUCUUCACCAAGAACGGACACAUGCUCGGCACCGCUUUCCGUGACUUCAGUCCCACCGUAUCUUACUACCCUACAGUUGGCAUGAAGAAGCCUGGUGAGACACUUCGAGCAAACUUCGGUCAGGAGCCCUUCGCAUUCGACAUCGACAAGAUGGUACAGGACGAAAAGGCUGCUAUACAAGAGGAGAUCAACCAGACAAAGUUUGCAGCUAGUGCUGCCUCUGCUCCAGACGAGACACAGUUCAUCCACCGGUUGAUAAGCCAAUACUUGGCGCAUGACGGCUACGUCGGGACUGCACAAGCUUUUGCGAAAGAGAUUGUUGAUGAAGCACGAGCACUUGCCAAUGAAGACGACGCGACGAUACCGUACCAUGAGGCAGUCGAGGAUUUGGAUGCCCUGAACCGACAAAAAAUUCGCGCAGCCAUUCUUGAAGGCGAUAUUGAUAAGGCUCUCAAACAUACCCAGGCAUACUACCCAUCCGUACUCCAAAACAACGAGAACAUCUACUUUAAGCUGCGCUGCCGAAAGUUCAUUGAGAUGAUCAGAGACUGUAAUGAGCUCAACACACAGUGCCAAUCUUCACACCUGUCUAAACGCUCCGCUACGUCCAUUCCGAACAAGCGAAAUUCUACGGCAACAGACGAGUACGACUUCCAGAUGGAGCUCGACGAGCAGUUUGGCGUCAACAACCCUACGCCUAGUCUUGGCGAUGUUGAUGUAGAAAACGAUUUAGAAGAUAAGCAAACCAAGCUAUCACAGCUAACGGCCAAUACGAUUGCAUAUGGCCAGGAAUUGCGCGCAGAAUUUGCAAACGACCUGCGAAAAGAGGUCAAGCAAGCGCUGAACGAUACAUUCGCCCUGAUUGCAUACGAGAACGCCAAAGAGAGUAGCUUAGCACCGUUGCUGGAGAUUGAUGGGCGCGUUCCGGUGGCCGAGGAGCUGAACAGCGCUAUACUAGUAAGCCUCGGCAAAUCUAGCUCAGCAGCCAUUGAGCGCCUUGUCCAACAAACCGAGGCUCUGGUUACCGAACUCGCGGACGACGGCGGGCCAGGUGCUUUCAUCAAUGUGCGCAAGGACUUCUUGCAGUAGUGUGCCUAGAGCCUCCCCUUGACGAUGCCGUUUUUGAGUCUUUAGGAAACACGCGCUCUGAGAUUUGAAGGAUACGCGACAAGAAGGGCAUCAAGGUUGCUUGCUUCGAAGGGCUGAAUCGCGCGAUCUGUAGGAUAUGGACUUAGAAUCAGAUACCUGGCACGGCUCGAGCUCCUAUGUUGAUUCAAGGCUGUCAGGCAGUAAUCUUGACAGUCAGCCUUGUUCACAGGUGGAAUCUGA